GGAAAGAGAGGGACUUAUAUUUACGAAAGCCUUCCCUCCAAUUCUCACUCAUGACUAUCCCAGUCCAACAACAUCCAACAACAGGGCUGCAGUUAGGGCUGGCCUGCAGGGUUGAUGACAUAAACAGUUCCGCUCCGAUCACGGAAUUUUUGCCUCCCCGCGGAGGAGUCAUUGGGUCAAUCUUCCUUUGCGGUCUGCCUUCGGAGGUGUUCCUUCCCCCCUAAUUCUCUUCCAAUCUUCGGUCUUCCUUUGACACACGGUAUAAUGUCUGAAGACUCCUCCACAAAUGGCAUGGCGACGCCAGUCUCCGCCCAGAUGAGCAGUUUGGCCCUCCACCAGAAUGAGUGUUCUCCCCAGUCCGAGCGCGGCGAGCGCAAACUGUUUGGACUCGACUGGGGCAUCCCCGAUGCUUUUCUCCUUCCCAAUGGGUUUCCCGACUACCUGCGCUUGAUCUUGACCUCCCGGGUCUACGAAAUUCUCGACGAGACUCCCCUCCACCACGCCGUCAACCUCAGUAACCGAUUGGAAUGUCGCGUUCUCCUGAAGCGGGAGGACUUACUCCCCGUCUUCAGUUUCAAACUUCGCGGUGCCUACAACAAGAUGGCCCAUCUGACUCAUGAGCAGCGGUGGAAGGGUGUGGUGGCGUGCUCCGCUGGUGAGUCCGUCAAACACUGAAUUGGGGUAUUGAUCAUAACUGGCUGACGUCUGAUGCAGGCAACCAUGCCCAGGGUGUUGCAUACUCCGCUCGCAAGCUGAAGAUUCCCGCCACCAUUGUGAUGCCCUCGGGUACCCCCGCUAUCAAACAUCUGAACGUUGCUCGCCUCGGCGGUAGCGUGGUUCUCCAUGGAAACGACUUCGACGCGGCAAAGGAGGAGGCACACCGGUUGGAAAAGCAGCACGGACUCACGAGCAUUCCUCCUUUCGACGACCCUUACGUGAUCGCUGGCCAGGGAACUAUCGGCAUGGAGAUCCUGCGCCAGGCGAACCUGCAGAACCUGGAGGCCGUAUUCUGCGCUGUCGGAGGUGGGGGUCUGAUUGCCGGCAUCGGAGUCUACCUCAAGCGGAUUGCGCCUCAUGUUAAGAUUGUUGGUGUGGAGGCACAUGACGCGAACGCGAUGGCCCAGUCCCUGGGCUCGGGCGCGCGGGUGCAGCUGAAGGAAGUCGGACUCUUCGCCGACGGUGCCGCGGUGAAGAAUGUUGGCGAGGAGAACUACCGGUUGGCCCGUGAGGUCAUCGAUGAGAUUGUCCAGGUUAGCACGGACGAAACGUGCGCCGCUAUCAAGGAUGCGUUCGAGGACACUCGUUCCAUCAUUGAGCCCGCGGGCGCCUUGGCUCUUGCCGGUCUGAAGAAAUACGUCUCUUUGCACCCUAGCCCGGACACCAACCGCGAACUGGUCGCGAUCACCUCCGGCGCCAACAUGGACUUUGACCGUCUGCGCUUUGUCGCCGAACGUGCCGCCCUGGGAGAGCGCAAGGAGGCGUUACUGAGUGUCAACAUUCCCGAGAAACCCGGUGCUUUCGCCAAGCUGGUUGAAGUGGUUCUCCCACACGCCGUUACGGCAUUCAGCUACCGUUACGCUCACGACGACUCAGCCGACGUCCUGAUGGGUGUUUCUCUAUCCGCGUUGACGGGACGGGAGGAUCUGGCCAUCCUGAUGCGGCAGUUAGAAAAGGGAGGCAUGAGCACGAAGGACCUCAGCGACGAUGAGCUUGCCAAGCGCCAUGUUCGCUUUUUGGUCGGUGGACGCUGCGACGUGCAAGACGAACGCCUGUUCAUGUUCGAAUUCCCCGAGCGCCCGGGCGCUCUCGCCAAGUUCCUGACCACGCUGCGUCCCAACCAGAACAUCUCCCUCUUCCACUACCGUAACUACGGUGGCGAUGUCGGCAAGGUGCUUGCCGGUAUCCAGUGCCCUAGCGCCGAGAAGGAGGAUCUCGAGGCGUUCUUGAACGACCUGGGCUAUCCGUUCAGCGAGCAGACCGAUUCCCCCACUUACCGGACUUUCCUUCGCUCGUGAAAACUAGACAUUCUUCAUCCUUGAUGUAAAGUUUGAUUAUUUUUUGUUAGCUUGUUUGACUUCAUGUGUUUGCAAAAGACUCUGCUGGGCGGUUGUGGAUGGUUUCGAGUUAAGCUUGUUAGGCGUUUGGACCGGAGAAUUAAAACAUAGACUUUAUUGCAUCUGAUGCUACGGUAUAUAUUCUAUUUUGUCGAUAACUCCUAAUCGCUUCGUUGUCUGCGUGAAUUGUAGAAAUCAUCACGAUAAUCUACGAACUACAAAGGUCCUUCAAUCUUCAGGCCACAAGGCCACAGCCACGUGACUGAUCGAUCGGCACCCCGGCACAACCAAAAGUCCGAAGCUCCCGCGGAAAUCAAAAGAUCGAGAACGCCGC